CCCCGGGCCCCGCCGCCCGCGGCUCAGCCAAUCAGUGGCGCGCGCGGGAAGGCCGCCCAGCCGCGGGCCGAGCGAGUCGAUGAGUCGGCGCUGGAUCCCGGAGCCCGCGCUCGGCGUCGGAGCUGUGUUCAGGAUGCUGUGUCGGCUGCUCCUUUGUGGAUGUCUUUUCCUGAUGACUGGUCAUGCUCAUGAUGAUGACUGGAUUGACCCAACAGACAUGCUUAAUUAUGAUGCCGCUUCAGGAACAAUGAGAAAGUCUCAGGUGAAAUAUGAUACAUUCGAGAAAAAGGAAGUGAGCCCUGACUUGUCAAAUGCAGAGGAAUUAAAAGACUGCUUGCACAGACUUGAUUCUUUAACUCACAAGGUUGAUGACUGUGAAAAGAAGAAAAUGAAAGAUUAUGAAAGUCAAAGUAAUCCUGUUUUUAGGAGAUACCUAAAUAAGAUAUUAAUUGAGGCCGACAAGCUUGGACUUCCUGAUGAAAACAAAGUUGGUGUGCGGUAUGAUGCUGAGAUUCUGCUUACAAGACAAACCCUGUUGGAGAUACAGAGGUUCCUCAGUGGAGAGGAGUGGAAGCCAGGAGCCUUGGAUGAUGCCUUAAGUGAUAUUUUAAUCAAUUUUAAGCGUCAUGAUUCAGAAGCAUGGAAGUGGCGAUUUGAAGACUCUUUUGGAGUGGAUCCAUAUAAUGCGUUUAUGGUACUAUUGUGUUUGCUCUGCAUUGUGGUGUUGGUAGCUACGGAAUUGUGGACACAUGUUCGCUGGUACACGCAGUUGAGACGAGUUUUUAUCAUCAGCUUUCUCUUCAGUUUGGGAUGGAAUUGGAUUUAUCUAUAUAAGGUAGCUUUUGCUCAGCAUCAGGCUAACGUUGCCAAGAUGGCACCAUUAAAUGAUGUGUGUGCUGAGAAGAUGGAUUGGACUGGAAGUCUCUGGGAAUGGUUUAGAAGUUCAUGGACCUAUAAGGAUGACCCAUGCCAAAAGUACUAUGAGCUAUUAUUAGUCAACCCUAUUUGGUUGGUUCCACCAACAAAGGCUCUGGCAGUUACAUUCACUAACUUUGUAACAGAACCAUUAAAGCACAUUGGAAAAGGAACUGGUGAAUUCAUUAAAGCACUCAUGAAAGAGAUUCCAGUGUUACUGCAGAUUCCGGUGCUGGUGAUUAUAGCAUUGGCUGUCCUGAGCUUCUGCUAUGGUGCUGGAAGGUCAGUUCCCAUGCUGAGACACGUGGGUGGUCCUGAAAGAGAACCUCCCCAGGCACUUGAGCCAGGUGACAGAAGACAGCAGAAGGAACCUGAAUAUAGACUCCAUGGUGGAGCAGGUGAUGCAGAUUUCUCUUACAGGGGCCAAGCUGGCUCCAUUGAGCAAGGCCCUUAUGACAAAACGCAUGCGUGUAAAAGAGAUGUUUUGAGACAGACAGACACUGAUGUGAGAUUUCACACUGGCAACAAGAGCCCUGAAGUGCUCCGGGCAUUUGAUUUACCUGACACAGAGGCACAAGAGCGUCCAGAAGUGGUACCCAGCCAUAAAUCAUCCAGCAUAAAUACAAACCUCAAAGAACUUGGUGAACUCCCAGGAGAAAGCACCCCAACAGAACACAGCUCUCCUGACAAGGCUGUCUCUGGCCAAGCUGCAGGGACUGUGGAAGGCUCACCCACAAAGAAGGCCCCGCUGAAGCUAGACUCUGAUGGCAGCCCACAGGGAGGCGCCACACAUAGCCCAUGUGCAGCAUGUCGGACUGAUCCUGUCAGCAGCCUGUGUGGCUAAGGAACAUGAAGUCAUCGUUGAAGUUUGUAAAAUGCCCAUUUGGGAAUGGAAUCUACUCUGACAGCUAGCAAAGCAGCAUGCUGCUCUUGAGUGAUGACAGCAAUUCAGGGAAGACUCAAUUAAAAACAAGGUGAACCUAUCAAGGCCAGUUUAUUGCAGAAAAGAGAGAAGGUUGUCUCAGUUUACUAGCAAGUAUCUGUCACUGACAUUAAAGCAUAUUGCAACUGGCUUUUAAGAAAAUAAGAACAGGAUAGGUAGCUGUUAAAAGCACUUUUUAAAAUGGAAUAAAUAACUUACAGGAUCUUAAGAACACUGUAAACACAAAAUAAACACUUAUUUUUACAUUA